AUGUACCAUUACAAACGCAUCCCUGAAGACGAGGUCCGUCUCCUGAUCAUCAAGCCGGGCUCUUUCGACGAGCAGGUCAACGCUACGUUACUGGUCGUGAACGAUGAGCAGCUCGGAACUGAAGACUAUCCCUACUGUGCCCUCUCAUACAACUGGGGCAAUAGCGCAGACGACAGUACCAUUGUCAUCCAGGACGACCCAGCCUCAUCUCCCGUCAAAUCUAUCACAAAAGCAGUUGAUGUACUCAAAGCGGCUGUGCAAGACAAGAUGAUCAAGAUCAAGCCGAAUCUCUACGAAGCUCUCAGACAUUUGCGGAAAGACAACGAGCCUAUCGCGCUUUGGGUGGACGCAUUGUGCAUCAAUCAAUCCGACACCAAAGAAAAAGAAGAACAAGUGCUAAAGAUGGCGCACAUCUACCGCAAAGCCUACAACGUCAACGUAUGGCUUGGUUCCGACAAUGCCGAUGAUCUCGUCUCCAACAGAGCCAUGGCUUUUAUCCCCGUGGUUGUCAAUCCGGAUAAUUACUCGGCUCUUCUCGCUGGCGAUACGUAUAUUGAAGACUGGGCAAGCCUGUACGAACUUCUCAAGUGGAGCUGGUUCUCCCGACGCUGGGUCAUACAGGAGCUGGCAUUUGCGCAAUCCGCUUCAGUUCAUUGUGGCAAGCAUGUGCGAGACUGGAGCGAUUUCCAAACCGCCAUCGCCAUCUUUCACCGACACUUUGAACUUCUGAAAGCGCGACUUAUGAUGCAUUAUGAAUCGUCUCAGGUCAAGCGAAACCACUUGAAUGAUGACUCAACCCUAGAGAUCGAGCACCUGGGUGCCAAGCUGUUGGUAGACAUGACAUCCACGUUAUUCCGAAAGCGACCCGACGGCACCCUGGAAUCUACGAAAGGAUUGGAGAGCUUGGUAUGCUCUUUGUCAGGUUUUGACACGUCCGAUCCACGCGACACCAUCAAUGCCUUCAGGAGUAUUUCUAAAGAGGUUACCAGAUACGACCCACGUUCCAUAGGACCGCUAAAGCCACCGCCUGCCCCGAAUUACAGCAAAGACCUCUUUGAGAUAUACCGGGACUUCGUCAAAUGGGUUGUAGACACCACGGGAUCCAUCGACAUAAUCUGCCGCCAUUGGGCAUUGAAAGAACGACAAGAGCGAACGCCGACAACUCCUCGACUAGUUCCACUACCUUCCUGGAUCUUGUUCGUCGAAGACUCAGCUUGGGGAAAGGGCGAAGAUCUAUUUCGCGGCCGGAAGGCUGGCGACAGCUUUGUCGGGCUACCCGGUAGUAACAACUACAACGCCUGCGGCAGGCAAGGCAAGCAAGCCCAGGUCAAGUUCCCUCGAAGUCCUGUCCAUCGCGCCUCCGCCAUACCAGCCCAGGUCACGCACGACAUGUCGAUGCAUGUGAAGGGUGUUAUGAUAGGUACAGUGUCUUUCCGUACUGAUCCAUUCCCCGAUGGUGUCAUCACCAAAGACUGCUUGGAAGGCCUAGGCUGGGUUUUCGACAAGAAUGCGACCGAGAUCAACCAGGUUCCGGCCAAGCUAUGGCAAACUCUUGUCGCGGACCGCGAUCCACAGGGCAACCCACCCCCUCAUUGGUACAAAGCAGCAUGUGAACAUUGCCUCUCUUUCCAAACGAAUAAUGGCCACAUCAACAUCAACACCAUAUUACAGCACCGUCGAAACCUCCAAAGUGGAUUUCGUGACAUAGUGUACGACUACCUUUGUCGCGUCCGUGCUGUCACCUGGAACCGAUCCUUCCUCAGAGGCGACCCCAUUUGUAGUGCCACCACCAACAGUUGCGACUUCGACCAUGACGAACUCGUUGGCUUUGGCCCACCCAGGACCGAGAAGGGGGAUGUGAUUGCUAUCUUGUAUGGCUGCAGCGUCCCCGUUAUCCUCCGACCAACUCAAAAUGGCCCUAGUGAGCAUCUCGGGUACCUGUUCGUCGGCGAAGCUUACAUCUACGGUAAAAUGGACGAUGAGGCUUUUGGGGUCCAUUGCGAAGAAAAGAACUUCAAGCUGCUCUAA